AUGGAAGAAAAAGAAAAGAUAAAGAGAGAGAAUGAGAGAUGGAGAGAAUUAGAAUCUAAGAGAUGGAAGGAGGGAGGGGGGAGCGAGGGAAGAAAGGGAAGGGAAGGAAGGGAAAAGGAAGAAGAAUGUAAACUCUUCAAGUCAAGUGAUCUGAACUUGGUUGCUGAAUUCUUCUUGAUGUUUCACAUGGAUAAGCCCAUAGAUUGGCUCCUUGAUCACAUCCUCUAUGUCAAGGUCUGCAACCCAGAGAAAGAUCCUAAACAUUGUGGAAGACAGAAAGCUGCUUACAGGAUACGCUACAAGCCUUCUCUCUUUCAACAUAUAGGACUGCAUUCAUCACUCAAAGGAAAGCUACAAAAAUUAAAAGAUAGAGAUUUUAAGAAAGGCAUGAAGCUACCGCAGCACACCAACCCUCCAGCUGAGGUGUCGUCGACCAUCAGGCAUUACCUACGCUACACGUUAGACAAGGCCUACACCGGCCAGGACAUCUUCUGGGGAAAUACACCAGGGGCGGGGGACCAGGUCAAGUUCCAUUUCAAUACCCCUAUUGUUAUAGAACA